UAAAGAAAAACAGAAGGAAGUGACAGGAGUGAGUUCUCUGUCUUUGUCCAGACCGUCUUUGUCCAGACUGUCUUUGUCCAGACUGUCUUUGUCCAGUCCGUCUUUGUCCAGUCCGUCUCUGUCCAGUCCGUCUUUGUCCACCUGCAGGAGGGACUCCAGCAGCAUGUGGUCUCUGCUCCUCCUCACCCUCUCCUCCCUCCGUGUCCUCCUCACAGUGUCCGCCGUCACCACGGAGACGGUGGUGGGAGUGGCCGGACGGAGGGUGAUGCUGCCCUGUCGUUUGGACGUAGAGCCACAGAAAGGGGUGGAGGUGUGCUGGGGGCGUGGCCAACCGUCGCUCUUCAACUGUCACAAUGCUGUCAUCAACACGAAGGGCGACCAGGUGACCUACAGGAGGUCUUACAGGUUCUCCAUGUCUCCGUCCUUGUCUCUGUCCGUCCUGUCCUCUCGGCCCUCAGACUCUGGGUUCUAUCACUGUAGAGUCCAGGUCCCCGGACUCUUCAACGACAAGUCCAGCAGCGUCCACCUCAUCAUAAUCCCUGCUCACAACGUGGACUCCAAGGACAGUGAGGACCUGAACUCAGCAGACACCGGAACCAGAACCGAGGGAACAGGAACCCCAGCAGGUUUCACCACAGGAGACCAGACUGCAGACCCAGGCAGUGGGAUGACUAACACCACACAGCCAAUGGUGGCGCUGUUUCAGUCUCCAGGUCAGCUGCAGGAGCUCAACAGUCUGCAGACGUUUGUUGGAAACACCCUGAGACUGUCCUUCAUCGUCUUCAUCCCUGCUCUGCUGCUGACCUCUGUCUACAGACUCUGUAGUCGUGGUCAAACAAACGGGAGCCAAUCAGAGGAGGAGGAGGAGGAGGAGGAGAGACACACCUGUGUUUAAAAAUCUGUGACUUUUAAUUUUCCCUUAUUUUUUUAAAUCCGUUUUCAUAUGUGUGUUGUAUUUUUGUCUGUGUCUUGGUUUGAAUUGACGGUCAGGUAUCACUGUGACGUCAUCGUCAUGUUUUACUGCAGAUUAUUAAAUCAUCAUCAUUGUUGAAAUGAAAAAUCAUCUGCUGGUGGUGACUGUUGAAUCUUCAGCUUUCAUCUGCUCCUUCUUUAUGGCUGCUGCAGUUCUACACUACGGCCAAUAGAUGGCGACACAGACCACGAAAUAUCACCCGUCCGUACUGUGGAAGUUUUCAUUUAUGGU